AUGGCUGUUAAAAUACAUUCUCCAGUAUCCAGAAAAAAAAUAAGUUCUACUACAUAUCCUUUAUAUUUUACUCUUUUUUUCGAAAGGUUAAAAAAUUAUGUUUCCGAUAGGAUUAGUAAUGUAAAAAAUUCAGAAAAUUACAAUAAAUUAUGCAGGCAUUUAAACUAUGACAUCGAUGAUGCACAAGAAAUAUUUUCUACAUAUGAUUUCUUAAAUAUUCCUAGAGAUGCUAAAGUAGCAUCAUGGAAUAGAAAUAUUGAAAAUCAUUUAGAAAGGGAAAUGCGUAUAAAGUCAGAAAAUAAAUGUAAAAGAAUAUAUCCUUUUUAUCCAAGAAUUCAAAGACACAGACGAAAAAUGUUGGAAGAUUAUUGUGAAGAAAGGGAUAAAAGAAGAGAUGAAGUUAAUGCUUCAGAUAAUUAUGAACAAAAAUGUUUAGAAUUUAACGAAUGGGUAAUUACGAAUGAGAACGCAAUUAAUAAUUCAUUUAAUAAUAAUAUAACUGAUGAUGAUAGAAUUAAAGGAGCAUAUACUAUUGAUAAUAAUUGUACUUUGAGAAAAGCAUCUAUUUUAUUUCCACGAAUAGAGUGUAAAAAUGAGGAAGAAAAAAAGGAAGACGAACCUGAAGAGGAAACAGACUCUGAUGAUGAAUAUAGUGGAGAAGAGGAUGAAGGCCCAAAAGAACCUGACGACGAAACAGACUCUGAUGAUGAAGACCCCAAAGAACCUGAAACUCCGAAUCCCCCCCCUGAAAAUGAGGGUACUGAGAUACCUGGAUUUUCUAAUUUACCUCCAUAUGUUGGUUUUAACCAUUUACAAACAGAAUCUGGAAGGUUUGUACGUGAUUCUCCUAGGUUAAUAUUUGAUAUGUUCGAUAAUUUUUUUCAGUUACCAAUAUUUGGGAAAUCCAAAAUUACAAGUACUGCAGAAGGUUUUAGCCAUAUUUUUAAUAUACGCAUUCCACCUACAAAUGUUGUAGUACCAACUCCUAAGAUUCCACCUACUGGUAAUCCUCCUAUGCAAGUAACACCAUAUCUUAUAUUUAUUCCUAUAGGUUUGUUAAUCCUUCUAAUUUCCAUAAUCCUGAAUUUAAUGGAUAAAAAAAAAGAAAUGAUAGCAGUGAGAAAAGAAGAAAAAGUUAAAGUGAAAACUGUGGUUCCUUCUGCUGUGUAUAUAAGAAUAAAAGAAUUAGAAAAGUUACGUGAAGAAAUAAAGGAAAAGCAAAAAGAAAAAUUAAAAAAAAAAAUACAGGUUAAAAAAAAAGUUGAAAUUAUAGAGGAUCCUUAUAAAAUUAAAUUAUUAGAAAGAAAGAAAUGGUUAUGGAAAACUAUUAUAGAAAUACAUAUGUUAAUUUUGGAAGAACAAAGAAAAGCAGAAUGGGAAUUUAAUAAAGGAGAUUUUUUAAAUAUAUGUAUUGAUGAAUUUUCAAGGCAGGAAAAAAAAUCAGAUAUAAAUGUAAUAACAAGUGAUUUGUUAUUUGGUGAAGAAAAAGAUGUAGAAACUAUAUAUAUGAUGAAUAAGCAAAGCGAUAUGUGGUAUAGAUGGGUUGAACGGCAUGAACAUAUGUUAGAAAAAUGGAAAGAAGAAGAAUGGUUUUUAAGAUUAAAAGAGAGUUGGAGAGAUGAAGAAGAAGAGUAUAUGAAAAGAGCUUAUAAAGAAUUAUUAAUUAGUUUAAGAGGUGAUAAAUAUCAUAUGUCCCAAAGACAAAAAAUUAUUUGGAGAAUAUGGAUUGCAAAACAUCCAUUUAGAGUUAGAGAAUUUGUUAUAGAUAAAUGGUUUAAUAAAUUAUUUGAAGAGCUUGAAAAGGAAGGUAUCAUAUCGGAUGAAGCCAUAAGAAAUUUUAUAUCUUUACAUGAAGAACAAUAUGAUGAAGAACAAAUCGAAGAAUUCAUAAAAUAUAAAAAGAAAGUGUUGGUGGUUAUAUUAUGGAUAAAAAUAUAUAUGUCAAUAUUGGAGGAAUAUAUAAAGGAAGAAGAUAUAGAGAGUGAAAAGUUAUUUAUAGAUACAUCGUUUGAAGAAUUAAAAAAGAAAAAAGAAAUAGAAGAAGAAGUGAUAGAAGAUUUGAAAAAAGAUAUAUAUGGAAUAGAUAAAAUGAAAGAACUUGAAAAGUAUAAAGGAGAGGAUUGGUUUAAGCAAAUGCAACAAGAUUGGAUUAGAAGAGAAUAUAAAUUUGUUUCGUCAUAUAAUUUGGGAAGUGACGAUGAAGAGGAGUUUUAUGAAUUUGUUAAAAAACCAACAAUGGAAAUACAGAAAGAUUUGUUAAAAGAACAAUGGAGAAAUAUAGAAUUAAAAUGGAUUGAUGAAGAUAAUGAUGAAGAUUGGUUGGAAGAUGAAUUGUUAAAAAAAAGGAAGUAUAUAAAACCUGAAGAUAAAAUGAAACAUAGAAUAAUUAGAGAGGAUGAUAUAUAUAGCGAAGAAUUAAAAAUUUAUGAUGAAAUAGAAAAAAGAGGUAUUUAUUUAUUAAAUAAAAAGGUAUUGAAAUGGAAAAUCAUCAUUGAAAUACAUUUGGAGGUAUUAUACGAUUGUAAAAUGGAACAGUGGGAAAAAAAUAAAGAAGACUUUUUAGAUAUAUGUAUAGAAGAAUUAGUAAAAAAACAAAAUGAAGAUAAAAAAAAUAAUGAAGAUUAUGAUUAUAUAACAAAUGAAAGUGAUAUUUACAACAUAGUGGAGAAUACCAAAUCAUUUUGGAAUAUCUGGACAAAUAGACACAAUUAUAUGUUAGAAAAAUGGAAUAAAGAAAAUUGGUUUGUUCAAUUAAAAAAUGAGUGGGAUAAUGAACAAAAUGAAUAUAUGAGAAAAACAUACAAAGAAUUAUUAAUUAGUCUUAAGGGUGACAAAUAUAAUAUGUCGCAGAGACAAAAAAUAAUUUGGAGGAAAUGGAUUGCAAAACAUCCUUACAAAAUAAAUGAAGAAAUUAUAAAUAAAUGGUUAAAUCAUUUAUUGGAUGAGAUAGAUAAAAAUGGUAUUAUUAGUGACGAAGCUAUAAAAAAAUUUUUAUCUUUAGAAAAAGAUAUAUCGGAUGAGGAGUUACAUAAAUAUAGAAAGAAAAAAUUAGAAGUAAUUUUGUGGAUAAAAAUAUAUAUGUCUGUUUUGGAAGAAGAGAAGAAUGAAGAAUUAGAGAAAAGCAAGGAGUCCUUUUUAAAUACAUGUAUAGAUGAGUUAAAAAAGGAAGAAUAUUCUGAAGAAAAUGAAAGAAUGAUAUCAAUGGUUGAUGAAAUGAAAAAGGGAUUUCAUAUAUGUGAUAAGGUACAAGAUGACAAAAAGUGGAAAAAUGAAGAAUGGUAUAAUAAUUUGAAGAAAGAAUGGAUAAAAGAAGAAGACAAAUAUAUAAAUUCUUUGGAUUUAAUGGAAAAGAAUGAAAUAUAUGAGGAUGAUUUGUUAAAUAAUCCCCUUAUAGAAGUAGAAAAAGGUGUAUUAUUAAAACAUUGGAAAGAUAUGUAUAUAAAAUGGAUUGAUGAAGAUAAUGAAAGGGAUUGGUUGCGUAUCGCAAUAGAUAAAGAUAAUAUAAACACAGACGAAAUGAAUGAGGACAUAAAUAGAAUGAUCGAGUUGAAUAAAUUAAACGAUUAUUCAAAUAAAUUGCAUGAUAAUAAAAGUAUCAAAUGGAAAACUAUCAUAGAAAUUCAUAUGGAAGUUUUGAACGACUGCAAAAAUGAAGAGUGGGAAAUGAAUAAAGGGGACUUUUUAGAAAUAUGCUUGCAAGAAUUUGGAAAUAUUGAAAAUAAGGAAUAUUCCCAUAUUAUAAAUAACAUGUUAAUGAUAGGAGACCUAGAAUAUAAACAUUUAAAUGUGGAUGCAAUAGAUAGACAAAAUAAUUUGUGGAAUAGAUGGAUAGAAAGACAUAGAUAUAUGUUGGAAAAAUGGAAAAAAGAAAAAUGGUUUAUUAUAUUGAAAGAGAAUUGGAAGAAUGAAGAGAAUAAAUAUAUGAGAAAAGCUUAUUUAGAAUUGUUGAUUAGUUUAAGAGAGGAUGUUAAAAAUCCAAUGUUACAAAGGCAAAAAAUUAUAUGGAGAAAGUGGAUUGCAAAAAAUUUAUAUCAUAUAGAAUCAAAUGUUAUAAAAAAAUGGUUUGAUAAAUUAUUAGAAGAAAUUGAAAGAAAAGGAGUUAUAGAUUUAGAUGAAUGUAAAAAUUUAAUGCAGUUGGAAGAAGAUGACGAAUAUUUGGAAGAAUUAAAAGAAUAUAGGAAAAAAAAAUUAAUAUGUAUCAUAUGGAUAAAAAUAUAUAUGAUGAUAAUUGAGGAACACAAAAAGGAGGAAUGUUUAGAAAGUAAAGAAAUAUUUUUGGAUACAUGUGUAGAUGAAUUGAAAAGAAAUGAAAAUUUAGAGGGUAACGAAUUAUGUGUGGAUGAUAUGAAAAAAAGUAUCCUAUUAAAUGAUCAAAAAGAAGAAAUAGAAAAAUUAAAAAUGAAAAAAUGGUAUAAAGAUUUGAAGAAAGAAUGGAUAAUUGAGGAAGAUAGAUAUUUCAGAUCAAUAAUAAAUGAAGAAGAUGAUGAAGAAUAUAAAGAUAUAAUAAGAAAGCCAUUAAGAGAUGUUGAAAAAAAAAUAUCAAAAAAGCAUUGGGAUGAUAUUCAAUUAAAAUGGAUAGAUGAAGAUAACGAAAGGGAUUGGUUAAAAAUUGCAAGUAAUGAAAAUGAAGAAGAUAAUUACGCUUAUACAAGAAAUAGGAAGAAAAAAUAUAUGAAUAUUUAUAGUGAAUAUUAUAAAAGGAAUAGAAAAAAAAGUGGAAAUAAUAUAUGUGAAAAAAUAAGUAAAAUAAAUAGAAUAAAUAUAGAAAAGGAAAUAUUGAAUCAUGAUAUGGAAAAUACUUAUCAAGAAGCAGAUGACUAUAAAUUAAAGAAUGAAUAUUUUGAUAUUUGCUUUGAUUUGUUGAAAGAAGGAAAUAUGUAUUAUACAAAUUUAUGGAUAAAAAAUAAAACAAUUGAUGAUUCAUAUGAAUAUUUGGAUAAUAUAUUAAAUAAAAUGUUGGAGAAACAUAAAUUAUUGUUAUAUAAUAUGAAAGAAAAAAAUAAGAUAUUAAUUGAUGAACUGGAAAAAGAGGAAUGGUUUAUUAAUUUGUGGAAUGAUUGGAAUGAAGAAAGAAAUAAUCAUAUGAAAAAUAUACCAUAUAAAUAUAAUAUUACAAAAGUUUUUGAUGACGAAUUAAAAUAUUUAUAUAUUGAAGAAGAGAAAGAAAUAUGGAAAGAAUGGAUAUUAAAAAAUAUAAAUAAUAUAGAGGAAUGGGAACAUGAAUACUGGUUUAAUGAUUUAUUAGAAAGAUAUGAAAUGUUUACAAUUGAUUUUAGUGAUGAAAUAUAUAGUAUAGAAUUAGAAAAUUAUUUGAAAGAGAAAAUAUUAAAAGUAGCAUUGCUAAUAGAUAUAUUUAUGGCAAUUUUAGAUACAAGUUUUAAUGAAGUGAGUGAGGAGAAUAAUGAAUAUUUUACAAAAUCGGAAAUGGAAAAUAUGGAAUAUGAUAUGAUAUAUGAUUACAAUGAUGAAGAGGAAAAAAUAAAAAUAAGAGAAUGGUUUGAAAAAUGUAUAACUGAAACACAAAAUGGAAAGAUAGCCAAAAAGAAUAAAAUGAAAAAAGUAUCAUUUCAAAAAGAAUUAGAAGAAAAAGGAAUUAUGAGCGAAAAAUUAGAAGGUGAAACUUCUGUAUAUAAUAAACAAUUGAUAGAACAAAAAAUGAAUAUAUUAAAAGAAAGUUAUAAUAGAAAUGAGGAUAAUAAAUCCAUGAUAUGA